AUGGGGACGCCAGGGCUCGAACCGGCGCAAAGUUUUGUUCAACUGCAGGUGGCGCCGCGGGCGCCCUUGCGACCCGCGCCCCGAGGUGCCCCGGCACCGCCCCGACGGACCGGCUCUGCUGGUCUUGGGGCCUCCUGUGCCGCGGUGGCCUGCUUGGCUGCCACUCGGCGCCGCGGCCGAAGUGCGCGCGCCGCGUCCUUUGGCCCGGCGCCCAUCUCGGAGGAGCAGAAGAAGGACGUGGAGUCAUCUCAGCUGGGCGCCCGCGUGUCCUACGUCGUCCUGAGCAACAUGCAGGCCAUCAUGCGCCAGCUGGAUCAGUACGGCUACUCCCAGGUGGACGGCUUCCUAGGCGGCUCAGCCAAUGGCUACCCAGAUCAGCUUCGCGAUGAGAUGAAGAGCAUGUUCGACAAGGGCUGGUUUGAAGAGGAGCCCGAGUCGGAUGCGCAGUUCAAGGUAGGACCCUACCGCGUCACCAACCAGGACCGGGAGCACCGCUUCCGCUACCGCAUCAAGGGCCGCACAGCCGAAGAGAAAUCAGAGAGGCUCAUCGUGAAUCAGUAUGACGUGGCGCCGACGGUGGUGAAUUUCACCCGCAGCCUCCUUGUGGCUUUCGCCGAGCCGCUGGGGGAGCUGACCGACAACGGCCUCUCCAAUACCAAGGGCAUUUCCGAGCUUUUUGUGCUUUGUGGCCAAGGAGCUCGCAUGGACCGGCGGGUCAGCAACGUGUAUGGCUGGAACACAGAGCAGGGCUUCGUGCGGGAUCCUCGGAAGUUGGUGGCCAUCUACUUCGCGAACCCAAACUAUCGCGAAGAGCACGGAGGGGUGCUGCAGCUCGAGGGCGUCAUCACCCCCACGGGGGCCGUAAGAAUCUCGCCGAAGCAAGACAGGCUCGUCGUCUUCUGGGCAGAUAAGACCGUCUGGUCCAUGACGCCCUCCCGCGCCUCCAUGAUCAGCGAACACCAGUAUGGCAUCAUCAUGCACAUGAUGGCCAAAGGCGACGUCGACUACAACCCCUCCAACUUCUCCAGGCCCUGGGCUGGUUCGGGGCUGCUAGGAGCAGGACUCAUGAAGCCCCUCAAGAGGAGAACAAAAGGAGCUGGUUGGUCACGUUUGUAG